CCUGGCUUUUGGGCCCGCGGCAUACGAGUUGGCCAAAAGCCUGGCAGAAGAGCGCGCCAAGGAAUGGCGGUUCUGGACGGGGCAAUCCCAGCUGAGGGGACCGGCGGCAGAGCAUGGGUGGGGCUUGGGAGAGGGCGGGCCUCAUAGAGCGGCGGGGCUUGGUGAACGUUGCCGGCGGGCCCGCGGGACCUCCCGCACUCUGACCUGCGGCCUGUAGGACUGAGCUGUGGACGGCGGCGCGGGUGGGUCAUGCUUCGGCACUCCCCCUCGCUGUGGGAGCUGGUGGAGGAGCACAUUCCGCUCCGGGAGCGACCCGAAGUGAAGAGGAUUCUGGGGGAGGCGGCGGUGGACCUGAGCCUGGAGCUGCGGGCGGAGGUGGCGAUGUUACGGGCACUGCUCCAAGAGGCUCGAUCCUCUCAAGCCCCCAGCGCCCGCCCCAUCUCUGACCCCUCUUCUCUUCUGGCACCACCGCCUCUCCUAAAGGACCUCUUGCGCCAGGAACUCCGGCAGUUGCUCCAGGGUCUCCGCCACAAAGCCAUCUGUGAGGGCAGGUGGGAGCCUCGGGCCUGGGUCCUUUCCCCAGAUACCAGGGACCAGGCCCAAGCUUGGGUCCAAUAUAGCCCCAGGGUCCUGCACUUUGCCUUGGAGGAGCCCAGGUGUGAUUUGCCAGAACAGGAGAUAUUCCAGAUGAGAGGUGGUGGGCCCAGCAGCGGUCACAGAGAUCUCAGCAUCAUCAAGGACCAACUGAACGUGUCCAACAUUGACCAGGUGGCCAGACGCCUGAGGGGCCUUCUGGAGGAGGAGUGUCACACCUUGGAGAGGGAGAUCCCCAUCCUGCAGCGCUGCCUGGAAGAGGAGUAUAUGAGGCCUUGCCGCCCGUUGGAGGCAGCCCUGGAGCCCACCCUGGCAGAGCUAAAGGAACAGAAGAAGGCCAUGGAGCAGGAGCUGCAGGUGUCUGUGGGGCCUUCUUGUGUCUCUCCCAACCACAGGCAGUGGCCCUUGGGGUCCUUUAUGCAGGGCCUCAGACCCCUGCUUCCUCUCUGUGGGAUUGCACCUCUCCAGUGCUGCCUGCCUGCACCUCCUCUGGAGCCCUGCCUUCGACCUCGAGGCCAGGCCGCUACCCACCGCUGGGGACGGCAGCUUCAGUACAGCCCCAGGGAAGGGUCAGCUUCCACGCCCAUGUCCAGUGCAGCACCCCAGGCCCCAGCCUAAAGGGCUGGUCACCGAGUAGGCUCUGGCUUCUGCCAGGACGCACCCGUCUGCGCCUGCUGCCUCAGCUGCCUUGGCCUAGCCAGCUUCAGAUCUGGUCUUGGACGAGCUCUCGCCAGGACCCCAAGGCUGUUGGUUUGUCUGGCCCUUGCCCCACCCCCUUGCCAGAUCCUUGGUGUCUGGAGCUGAGUGGCCGGGCAUCGGUCCCAAUCAUCAAGGCCUUUGGCCUUUCUCCUCCCAGGCCUCCACAAAGGCCUGGCAGACAGAGGUCCCAUUCCAGCCUGACUCUUGUCCCCUGGGGGACCCAGACAAAGCACAGCAGCCACUCAGAGACAGGAAUAGAAAUUUCAUUAAAAUCUAUGGACUUUAAAA